AUGGCUCGAAGGACGCAAAGGACCAACCCACCCGAGGAUGUGACCGACCAUCGUUUUUUACAAUUUCCGCAAUCGCUGAACGAUGCUACCCGGGCGCGUUAUGUCACCAACUUGAGCUUGCUUCUCACCAAAGAUAUUGAUAUAGCGCCAUCAUUCGAUUGGGAAUUGGCUACCAGGACUGGACUAGCUGCAUUGAUCCAGGGAUUUUUGCAAUACACGCACUCGGACGCGAGUGGUGUGGACUUGUUUGUGUGUCAGGGAUGGGCACGUUUGUUCCGGAUCCAGGAGCCUAUUUAUCGGGAGUUUUUGCUGGAGUUCUAUGCUACAGUUUCCUAUGAUCCUAGGAAGGCACCCGAUGACAGGACAGCUUUUGCCUUCAGACUGGGUGGAGUGAGCCGGGAAUGCAGCGUGAUAGUGCUUGCGACUCGAGUGGGAAUUUACACAGCCGAUGAGAUGAGGAGUGUCCACUUCCCGGUAUUCCUUGCUAAUUAUCUUACGGAGCGGCCAGAUGACUAUAACGAGAACACUUUUUGGGCCGAGAUUACAGGGGCAGUUUAUACACCAUCUACCGCACGAGGGGGGAUGAUUCGGUCUACUAUCUACCGAAUGUUGCACCGGUUGAUUUCUAUGUCUCUCACGCAUCACAAGAACAGUGAGAGAGUGCCUUCGACGGACUUGUAUUUCCUAUGGGCGCUUGUUACUCCAGGGAGGCACCUGAACCUUCCAGUUGCUUUAGCUAGUUGUAUUUCGACGCGAGGAAGAAGUAUCAUCCCGGCUGCCACGACAUGGUUGACACUUUCCUAUGUUGUGGGGGAUUUUUCAUCGCGAGAAGAGGAUGUCAUUCUUGACGAGACGACGUGGUCGAAACUUUCCCACGUCAUGGUUAUUAUACAUUGCAUUUGUUUGCGAUCUUUUGCACCACAUUUUUUGAAGUCGGCGGUCUUGAUUUUAUUUUUCGGCAAAUUCAGAAGCAGCAGUUCCAGUUUUCAGUUUUUCAGCAAUAUUUGA